AAAGAUUUUAGCGAAAAAGCCCAGUCUGAACACGAUGAGGCUUUAUUAAAAUUACAGAAAGAUAUAAGAAAGCUUCAAAAUGCAGCAUUCAAACAAACAAAUAUUGAAACUUACUUCGAUUCGGCUAGCUAG